AUGAGAAAGCGGGAACUGUCGGCGGUUGAACUGCAUUUCUCAGACGACGACGAGGCCGAGCCGGUUUCGAAGCCGCUGAAGAAGUCGAAAAUCACGUUUAAGAAAAUUUCCAAGGAGAAUGCCCAAAGAUUGAAGGAGACCGAGCUGCACAAGGAAGACAUUGCCAUCCAGGAACCGGACGCUGUGUCAGCUGAGCCGAAGCACAUUGAUCCCGAGCCGAGCUUGUAUACUAGUUCGGACGAUCUGGCUGUCAAGGAACAGGACAGUACCGCCCCUUCGGAGCCCGAGACAGAGAACGAGUCGGAUAUCAACAACGACAGGGAAUGGUACACACAGGAUGAGGCGGUGUCGCAUCCCGUGGUUGAAGAGGAGGAGUAUUACCAGAUGGAAGACGAGAUUCGGCCGUCGUUUCGACGGAAAAAGGCUCCACCAAGUGGGUCGCGGCUUGAUGUUGAUGAAGUUAGUCCUGAUAUAGAUCUUGUUGUUCAUCGGCUGACUCCUCCGUUUCUCGAUGCUGCCACUAUCACAACCAAGAAAUUAGAGGUCAUUGAUACAGUGAGGGACAAGACGGGUGAUCUGUAUAAGUACACCAAGACCGGAUCGCUACUGGUGAACGAGCGUCGUGCUAAUAAAGAUCGCAAGAAGAGUGCUCGUGACGCCACUAAUAUCAAGACCAGUCGGCUUGGACGAGUCUUAGGCAAGCAAGAAAAAGAUGAUGAUGAUAAGGCAGAUGAAGAGGAGAAAACGUUUCUUGACGACGAGGCUUACGAUAAGAAUACGCUACAGCAGCAACGGCGGAAAUUGCCGGCCUAUCAUGCACGCGAAGAACUUAUGAAGGUCAUUGCUGAGAACCAAGUUGUUGUGGUGAUUGGAGAAACUGGUUCUGGUAAAACCACUCAGAUUCCGCAGUUCCUGUACGAAGCAGGAUAUUGCAAAUUUGGCGGACUAAUUGGUGUCACACAGCCAAGAAGAGUGGCAGCUUUGUCUGUUGCCAAGCGUGUAAGCGAGGAGAUGAACGUGAAGGUUGGAAAAGAGGUCGGAUACACUAUCCGGUUUGAAGACAAAACUUCUCCAAAGACGCGCAUCAAGUUCAUGACCGACGGUAUUUUGCUGAGAGAAGCAUUGUUGGAUGCAGAGCUGGACAAGUACUCCUGCAUUGUGAUGGACGAGGCCCACGAGCGGUCGCUAAAUACAGACAUUUUGCUUGGGCUUUUUAAGCGUGUUCUCACCAGACGCAGAGACUUGAAGCUGAUUGUCACCUCUGCUACCAUGAAUGCAGACAAGUUUUCGCGGUUCUUUGGAAACGCAGAGCAGUUCACCAUUCCAGGACGGACGUAUCCGGUUGAAACUCUGUUCAGUGCAAUUGCUGCACAGGACUAUGUUGCCAGUGCAGUCAAGCAGAUCAUCAGAGUUCAUCUUCGCAGCGAGCCAGGAGAUAUUCUUUGUUUCAUGACCGGUCAGGAAGAUAUUGAGACCACGUGCGAGGAACUCACCAAGGAACUGGAAACGCUCAUAAAGUCUGAUCCAAGUAUCGAGCCUUUGCAAGUUUUACCAAUCUACUCGACUCUUCCUGCCGACUUGCAAUCCAAAAUCUUUCGAAGAUCAAAGUACCGCAAAUGUGUUGUUGCAACCAACAUUGCCGAAACAUCGCUGACUGUCGACGGUAUCAGGUUUGUUGUUGACACGGGACUGAUGAAACUCAAGGUUUAUAACCCAAAACUGGGUAUGGAUACUUUGCAAAUUACACCCAUCUCGUUAGCACAGGCCAAUCAGCGGUCUGGAAGAGCAGGUAGAACAGGCCCUGGACUUUGCUACCGUCUCUACACGAAAUAUGCAUCGCUCAAGGAGAUGUUCCCCGAACCUAUCCCUGAAAUCCAGCGAACGAACCUCAGCAACACCAUUUUACUGUUGAAGUAUCUAAAAGUGGACGAUCUAAGCAAGUUCCCGUUCCUGGACAAACCGCCAAUCGAGACUAUCAACACAGCUCAGUACGACUUGUGGUGUUUGGGAGCAUUGGAUAAUUUCGGGAAACUGACUGCUCUUGGUAAAAAGAUGUCCAAUUUCCCUAUUGACCCUGCUCUCUCUCGACUGUUGAUCGUCUCUUCGUUUUCGCAGUUCCAAUGUUCCAAGGAAAUGAUCACCAUCGUCACAAUGCUGUCCAUCCCGCCUAUUUUUGUUCGACCAACGCAUGAUGCGGCUCUACAACGUCGUUCCGACUCGGUGAGAGAAAAAUUCCAAGUUGCAGAAAGCGAUCAUCUCACUCUACUCAAUAUCUUCAACCUGUUCAAAGCUAACGGUUGCCAGGAGAGAUGGUGCACCAAAAACUUUCUACAAUACAAGUCCCUCAGACGGGCUGUUGAAAUCCACACACAACUCAGUCAGAUUAUGGGCUCACAAAAACUGGCAAUCACUAGCAACCCAGAUUGGGACGUUAUUCGCAAAUGUUUGUGUGCUUCGUAUUUCCACCAAGCAGCGCAAUUCAAAAAGUACGGUGAGUUUGUCAACCUGCGUACUGGUCUCCAAAUGAGACUACAUCCAACGGCUUCGCUCUACGGACUGGGAGAUUUACCCAAAUAUGUGAUUUAUCACGAAUUGUUACUGACUGGUAGAGAAUACAUGAACUAUGUGACAGCAGUUGAAGGCGAGUGGUUAUGCGAAUUCGGAGAGAUCUUUUAUGCCGCCAAAGAGAAGGGCAUCACAUCGCGAGAGAACCAGGCUCGGAAAGAGCAUGAGUUCCAAAAGGUCAUAGCAGAGCAGCGGAAACUUAUUUCUUGA